AUGAAUGUAAAGCAAGCACAGUCUCCGAGACCAAGUUUGGUCAAUCAGUUGCUCCGACAGCUCCGUCAAAAUGUCAACACCAAAUCGCAUCUCCUUGAGGCUCAACUAUUCAUGCUCGCAUUGGCCAUUGGUAUUCAAGAUGCUAUCUCUGUACCGGACUUUCACUGCUUCGCCUCAAAUCAGACCGGGAAUACGGUCCUCCUCGCCGUCGGUAUCCUCCAGCCAGCUUCCCUCGGUCCAAGCAGCACUCCACCCAACAACUUCUUAGUCGAGACGAUCAUGACCUCUCUCGGGUUUUUCGCGCUGGGCAACCUACUCUCUGGCCAGACAGCAAAUCUUCUGCGUGCAACCGACCGACGAUGGUGGUUGGUGACAUCCAGCCUGGUGCAGACACUCCUAGUCUUCCUUGCCGCAGGGCUGCAAUUUGGCUACCUUGAUGCCCAAGCGGACAAUACCACACUCGGCCGGAUCACCCUUGCAAUUCUCGCCUUCUCUUCAGGCAUGCAAGUGGCAAUGGUCCGCGCCAUGAAGAUCUCAGAUAUUACUACGGCUAUGGCCACAGCGGCCUACGUUGAUGUGUUCAUCGAUCCUAAGCUAUUUGCCUCACUCAGCACGAACCGCGGACGAAAUCGCAGAGUCGCGUUCCUUGUCUCACUCAUCGCUGGAAGCUUCAUUGGCGCCGCAAUCGCGAAGGUCAUUGGCAGCGCUCCUGCUGUCGCAAUCAGCGGCGCAAUCAAGCUCCUGGUGGCUGUCUCGUUUUUCUGUAAUGAGGCCGAGCCAGGAAGGGAGCAUAGUCUGCAGGGUGCAGACUCCCAAAAAGAUUCGCCUGUGAUAACUUCUCAAGUAUGAUUGCCGGAGUGAUUCCUGAUGACCGGGUUACGACCGCUUGUUUUCUUGCUAUAG